AUGUAUGUCACCAACGCGGACUUUGACCACCAGCGAAAAAUUGAUGAACUAGUCAAAGAAGGAUACCAAAUGGGUGAAGCAGCUCAAGCACUUAAUGCGAACCUCUGGGAUUUGGAGCAAACUAGGAGGUAUCUACAAACCUUCUCUCAGAAAUAAAAACUGGAUUGGCUCUUCAGGUCCUUAUAAAAGGACAAGAAGGGAUUACAGAGAAUACUUCGCUGAUUCAGAUGAGGAACGAUUCUUAUAUGACUUGGAGCCUCUAAAAGUUAUCGAAAGAAUGAGAGAAGGGAAUACCCCAGUGGGGCUUAAAAACAUUGGAAAUACCUGCUAUUUUAACUGCUUCAUGCAAAUUUUGUAUUUCCUCCCAGAAUUCGGCAGAAAAAUGAUAGAAAUUGACAUAAAGGAUAUAAAAUAAGCCAAUGAUUCAUCAGAAUAGCUCUAAGAAAGAGAAGAAGCUUGCUAAAAACUUCAAAUAUCAUAAGAAACUUCUGCAAGAAAUCCAAAAUUUAUUCAUCGAAAUGACGCUGAGCAAUCGAAAAUAUGCGAACCCAGAGAACUUACUUGAAAAUAUUAGAAACGAGGAAGGCAAGAUCCAGCUUGGCGAUGAAGAAGAUGUAGGCGAGAUAGGAGCUAACUUCAUGCAUGCAAUCCAAGAAGCCUACCAGAUUUAUGAACCCAUCCCAAACCAAGAUAGUAGUAGUGAUAGCGAGAAUGAUGGAGACACUGAUAUGGAAGAGUCUGAGGAAGAACCAGAUGAAGAAGAGAAAAAGGGCCCUAAUACAAGACUUGGAUUUAGAGAAGCCAAAAUUAAUGCUAAAGCAAAUGAGCAUAAGCCAAGAACUCUUGGGAGAGAACUUUUCAAAGACCCUAUGGACCAAAGCAGAGGGUUUAUACAAAACCUUUUCUUUGGUAAAAAGAUCGAAAUAACUGAGCAAGGUAGUAGAAGAGAUGAUACUAUUGAGGAUUCUGAUUUCUUCCAGCUAUUUCUUAGCCUUAACUCUGAAGGAAAUCUCUAUGACGCUUGGGAAAGAUCGUUCUACUACAAAUUCAUGGGAGAUGAUAAGAAAGAAUACAAUAAGCGUUCUUAUGUUCUAAGCUUACCGGGGAUUUUUACCUUCCAACUAAUGAGGGUGACUUAUGAUCUUGAACAUAACUGUCUCAAAAAGAUUCAUACAAAGAUGGAUUUCGAAGAAGAGAUAUUCGCUGAUAGAUUUCUAUACCAAAACUGUGACAAAUUUAAAUCCUUUAGAAAAGAACUUGACAAUAUGAGAGAUGAGAAAGCAAGGAUUCAGAGCAAUUUGUGACAAUACGAUUACGCAGCCAUUCCAAAGAAAAUAUUAGAUUCUCCAGAUGAUGAAGGAGAAGAAGAAAUUCCUGACGAAAUAGAAUCAGUUGAGAUCGUAGAGAUAGACUCUAAACCUCUGUAUCAAGUUGAGAUCGGCAUUCAGGAUAUAAUUGAACUUACUGAUAAAAUUGAAGGGACUUAUUCAAAACAUACCGAAUACCCAUACAUCCUACAUGCUGUGAUUAUCCAUGAAGGUGAAGCUAUGUCAGGGCAUUACUAUUCGUACGUUAAAGACCACCUUGCUGACACUUGGUACAAGUUCAACGAUCAUUUUGUUACUGAAGAAAAGGAUGGUAGAAAAGUUCAAACAAAGAGUAUCAACAAGAUUAUUAAAGAAGCUACUGGAGAAGAAUCUAAAAGAUCUGCUUAUUUCUUGGUCUAUAUUAAUAAGAAGCAUGUACUUCCAAAGAACACAAGAAUGAAAUCAACAAUGAAAUAUUACCAGAGAUUCAUUAAAGGAUACAAAGAUGAUAAGGUUUUGAAAGAAAAUGAUGAGUUUGAAGCUGAAUACACCAAAGAAAUAUCAAAGCUUGCAUAAAAUAUCCCUCCUCUGUAUUAAUCAUAAUUUAUGUUUCAACUUA